AUGGACUCCAUCGUGGUACAGCUUGAUCAAAGCUCAACUGGCGCUGGUCGCAGCAGCUAUCCCCAAGAGAGAAGCAUACCAACCAGCAGCUCAAGAAGAAGCGCAUGCGACCGCUGCAGAGCUCGAAAGCUGAGAUGCUCGAGGGUGCCUGAUAGCAACUUUUUUACCGACUCCACCAGAACCGGCGGCCCACCUCCCUGUGAACGAUGCACCAAAGCCGGUGCCGACUGUCUCUAUACGAUUCGCACUCGACGAACGCCUCCAUGGUGGUGCGGCUACGACCGACAUGUCUUUAAGAGCUCAGCCACGUUCCCAUACUUCUAUCAGCUGCCCCUCGAGGAUACACUUGGGUCUGAAGUGGGUGGCCAAAUGUGCCUUGGGAGCAGAUGUAGAAUGCCUUUUGAGGCCCAUAUGCCGGCACCACCACCACCACCAGGAGAAAGCCACGCGCAUAUGACAUCAGUCCCCAAACAUCAUAUUGGGCCAGACCACGGGUCAACAGAGCGAGGCAGCAACUUUCAUUGGCCGAUGGCGACAGAUGUUUCUGGUGCGAAUCUCUCUACAAUUUGUGGAAACUUCCCAUUCAUGACAUCUCCCAACGUCCAUCCAAGUCAAAAGUCGAACUCUGGGCACAGCAUCCCGAGCGAUAUCAACGACCAAAGUCUCGGCAUGGCAUCUUCGUUUGCUCCAAGACAAUGGCAGGACCACGCCUUCGCCAUGUCCGAAAUCCUUGCUGGAGAUCAAAGCAACCGCGGGACGGAUUGCGGUGUGCCAGUGGUCGAAUCAAACGUUUCAAAGGAACCACGUUUUCCAGUCACAGCGCAAUGGCCUGGAACCAGGGAGGAAUGUCUGCGGGAGCUUAUGGACCUGACGUCGCGGCUCAUUGUCUGCUUUAGCUUCACUGAAGACCGUCCCUCGGUAGACCUCCAAGACAUACUGGCAUCCUCGCCAAGGGAUCAAAAUCAUUACGCUGAGAUCAGCAACGUAUCUGAAACCGGCAAGAGCAUGGUCAGAAGCUUAUUGGAAAGCUCUCAGCUUUUUUUGGAUAUUGUGGAGCGCUUGAAAAGCUUGACAAUGCCAGUGAAAGAAGAUCAAACUUCUUGCUCACCUAGUACAAGCUCUGAAUCGGAUUAUUCCAUCAUCGACUCCCCGUUAUUGACAGGUUCGUCAAGCUCGUACGAGACUUGUUCAAUGACAUACAAGCAAAAUUGUGACAGACACAAUGAAGUGGAGAUGGAAGAUCUGUCAAAACGGCAACAGUCAGGCCAUCUAAACACACAAAAGAUGCCAAUGACCCCUUCAAUGCUUUCACCGCAUCUAAACAAGUACUUCAGCUUGCCGACGACUUUUACCAUCAUAAGCUGCUACAUGUGGCUGUUUCGGGGUUAUGAGGCGGUUUUUGCCGCCAUUCACAACGCACUCGUUGUGCAAAACAAUCAAGCUCGUGGAGGCAUGCAGGAAAACAGAACAGACCAGCUAAACUCGAAAGGAAAAAAACCGGACCUGGUCAUCUUCCCAGACAUCAAAAUUGGCGGCAUUGACCUCGACUGCCACCCGCACGUCCAAAUCGAGAUGCUCAUCCACGUCAGCUGCCAGAUGCUGCAGAGGAUCGAAGCCGCCCUGGGUAUCGACCCCACUACAUCUCGGGACGGGACGACUACCCUGCAAAACCUCCCGGCGGGGGCGGGGCGCGAUGGUAUGCUCAACGUCACGGCCGCCCCCGCACUACUUCAGACGUUUCUGCAUGGAGGUGGCUUUGACAGCUGUAGCGUCGGGGACAAGGUGCCAAAAUCGGCCCGGAUGUCGCUGGAUAGUGGUAUUUUGCAAAGCAUCCUGGAAAAUCUCCGUGGUUGUCGCGAAUUCGCAGCGAAUCAGAUCUAA